AUGCCACGUUCCUUCCUAGUGGACUCCCUUGUGCUGCGGGAGACCAGCGACAAGAAGGCGCCGGAGGGCAGCCCGCCACCGCUCUUCCCCUAUGCGGUCCCCCCGCCGCACGCGCUGCACGGUCUCUCGCCCGGCGCCUGCCACGCGCGCAAGGCCGGCUUGCUGUGCGUGUGUCCCCUCUGUGUCACCGCUUCUCAGCUGCACGGGCCCCCCGGGCCGCCGGCGCUGCCGCUACUCAAGGCGUCCUUCCCUCCCUUCGGAUCGCAGUACUGCCACGCGCCCCUGGGCCGCCAGCACUCGGCCGUGUCUCCUGGAGUCGCCCACGGCCCGGCCGCGGCCGCAGCAGCUGCCGCGCUCUACCAGACCUCCUAUCCGCUGCCGGACCCCAGGCAGUUCCACUGCAUUUCCGUGGACAGCGGCUCGAACCAGCUGCCCAGUAGCAAGAGGAUGCGGACGGCGUUCACCAGCACGCAGCUCUUAGAACUGGAGCGGGAGUUCGCCUCCAACAUGUACCUGUCCCGCCUGCGGCGCAUCGAGAUCGCGACCUAUCUGAAUCUGUCCGAGAAGCAGGUGAAGAUCUGGUUUCAGAACCGCCGAGUGAAGCACAAGAAAGAGGGCAAGGGUAACAACCACCGCGGAGGCGGAGGCGGAGCUGGGGUGGGUGCCGGCGGGGGCGCACCGCAAGGCUGCAAGUGCUCUUCGCUCUCCUCGGCCAAGUGCUCGGAGGAGGACGACGAAUUGCCCAUGUCUCCAUCCUCCUCCGGGAAGGAUGACAGAGAUCUCACAGUCACUCCGUAGGUGCGCCUUUCAGAGGACCACUGGCUCCCCCGGCCCUUCCCACACCUCAAAGACUGAUUUCCCAGGCACCUGCUGCCAAUCGAUGGAUUUUGGUAGGGCUUUGCCGUGGUACCAGCUGUAGACAGAGCUGAGACCCUAGCAAAGACCCGAAGACAGUGCCCUGUCCCUUAGGCUCCAGGGUGUCUAGGACUGAACCCAAGUUCACUGGGUCCCCCUCACAGGACACAGCCUUCCCCGGAGGCAUGCAAGCCCCAGCCCAGCGCCUUGCUGGCCCUUCGGCACCUCCUCGCCAGCUCAUUCUGGGCUGGUUCAAGCUUCCUCGCUCCCGCUACCCUCCUCGCUCAAGCUGGGCCUUUCACUCCGCGAAUGGCUGUUUGCUUCCCUUUUAACAUUUUUUUCCCUAGCCCUCAACUCUUUCUCCAUAGUGGUUGUUUAUGCAACACGUUUAUGAACUAAACUUUCCCUUUUUCCUUUCCCUUCACCCUCCUCAGGGAGCCCCUUCCUUCAGUCCAUUUGUCCCUUGACUAGGGACAGGUCUUGCUGUUCGAAGUCCUCUUAGCAGAGAGGAAUGUCUCCCAUGAUAUUGUAUUGGGGGAAAUGGCUUAGUUUGUUUCCAACAUGCUUUACAUUCCCUCAAAUGAAGACCGAUCCCACUCCUCCGCCGCCGUAAGCGACCUCUCCCCGUCCUCCAAGUCCCAAACCCGCUAAGGACUGACUGUGUAAUUGUAUGGUCUCUGUAAUGCCAGAA